AUGGUCUGCAGAUUCUUUAAACAAAUAUCGUCUAGAGGGAAGAGAAGCCACAAUAUAGACGGAUUAAAGUACACAGCUAUCAAUCCAAUAGCAGAUGUUUCUCCUUGCCUCAACAACGGGGCCCAGCCCGCAACCGCCUCUUCCGAUUUUAAUGCUUUCCCCUCCGGUUGGCAAACAGCUCUUACCAAAACAAAAGAGGAAUAUUUCAAGAGAGCCAACUGGAUUAACGACCCAGAAGUUAAGGCUGCAGCAAGGGGUUAA